UGAAUUCUCGGAUCGACCGCGAGGAGCUGUGCGGGCGGAGCCUGGAGUGCAGCAUCCACCUGGAGGUGAUCGUGGAGAGGCCGCUGCAGGUUUUCCAUGUGGAUGUGGAGGUGAAGGACAUUAAUGACAACCCGCCAAGGUUCUUCCGACAAGAACAAAGAUUAUUUAUUUUAGAGUCAAGAAUAGCUGAUUCCCGAUUUCCGCUAGAGGGCGCAUCUGAUAUGGAUAUCGGAGCAAAUGCAGAAUUGAGAUACAAGUUAAAUUCUAAUGAAUAUUUUGAUUUGGAUGUUAAAACAAAUGAAGAAGAAACAAACUUUUUAGAGCUAGUAUUGAAGAAGCCAGUAGAUAGAGAAGAAACCCAAGAACAUCGUUUAUUAUUGAUUGCAGUUGAUGGAGGAAAACCUGAACUAACAGGUACAGUUCAGUUAUUCAUCAAUGUAUUGGAUGCAAAUGAUAAUGCCCCGGAAUUUGAUAAAUCAAUUUACAAUGUUAAAUUACUGGAAAAUACACCGAAUGGGACGUUAGUUAUUAAAUUGAACGCUUCAGAUGCAGAUGAGGGCAUUAAUAAGGAAAUAGUGUACCUCUUCAGUAAUCUUGUUCUUGACAACGUAAAAUCUAAAUUUACAAUCAAUCCGAAUAGUGGGGAAAUAACAGUUAAGGGAGAACUGGAUUACGAAGAGUGUAAUUUAUAUGAAAUUAAUGUUGAUGCUGUAGAUAAAAGUGCAUUCCCAUUAAAUGGACACUGCAAAGUAAUUGUGAAACUCUUGGAUGAGAAUGAUAAUACUCCAGAGAUGGCCAUAACCUCUCUAUCUCUGCCUGUCCAAGAGGAUGCUCAAGUGGGUACUGUCAUUGCCCUGAUCAGUCUGUCUGACCGCGAUUCUGGUGCCAACGGGCAGGUGACCUGUACCCUGUCACCCCACGUUCCCUUCAAGCUGGUGUCCACUUUCAAGAAUUACUAUUCGCUGGUGCUGGACAGCUCCCUGGAUCGCGAGAGCGUGUCGCACUAUUCUGUAGUAGUGACCGCGCGGGACGGGGGCUCGCCUUCACUAUCG